CUCCUCCCCUCCCUCCCCCCUUCCCCCCCUGUCCAGAGCUCCCACUUUCCGUCCUCUCCUGCGGGCGUCGGGCCUCAGGACCCUCACCUGCACACCUAACCCCGCGGUGCACGUCCCUCGCCCCACUCCCUGAGACCACGGUCCCCAACCUCCCUAGCCUGGUGCCUCGGGGCUCCGCUCCCGCUUCCUCGGUCUCUUCCCCCUUGAGGGCGCCGCUGCCCAGCUCCCUCUCCCUCGGCGUUUUUCCUUCCCCUCCCCGUGAAGUUUCGGGGCUGUCAGUCUGUCAGUCUUUCGGGCAGUCGGCACCCGGGCUGCAGGCAGCGGGCGCCAUUGUGAGCAGAGCCGGCUCGGGCAGGAGGCCCGGGCGCCUGGGUCCCCGUAGCUGGCUGCAGCGCGGCGACCCGUCGGCCCGCCAGGGUCUGUGACCUGAUCUCCAGGAGGGGCUACUCCCUGUUGCCAUGAGAGAGACUUUGGAGGCCCUCAGCUCUCUGGGAUUCUCUGUGGGACAGCCAGAGAUGGCCCCCCAAAGUGAGCCCAAGGACAGGUCUCAUAAUGUCCAGGGGCAGAUGUCCUCCUCCAGUGAAGAGAGAACACUGGGUACAUGCUCAGGGCCUGAAGCCCCUGGUCCAGAGGAAGGAGCCCAGACCGAACAAGCUGAGGCUCCCAGCAGAGAAGGACAGGCAUGUACUCCACAGAAGGCUGAGCCUGUGGGCUCCUGCUCAGGAGACGAAUGGAUGAUUCGGAAGGUGAAGGUGGAGGAUGAGGAACAGGAGGCAGGAGAGGCAGUCGAAUGGCCCCAGCAUCUCUCGUUACUUCCCAGCCCUUUCCCAGCGCCUGAACUGGGACAUCUGGCUGCUGCAUACAAACUGGAGCCAGGGGCCACGGGGGCAUUAGGCGGGAUCGCGCUGUCCGGGUGGGCCCCGAUCCCGGAGAAGCCAUACGGUUGCGGGGAGUGCGAGCGGCGCUUCCGGGACCAGCUGACGUUGCGGCUGCACCAAAGGCUGCACCGGGGCGAGGGCCCCUGCGCCUGCCCGGACUGCGGCCGCAGCUUCACUCAGCGCGCCCACAUGCUGCUGCAUCAACGCAGCCACCGCGGGGAACGGCCUUUCCCGUGUUCCGAGUGCGACAAGCGCUUCAGCAAGAAGGCCCACCUGACCCGCCACCUGCGCACACACACGGGCGAGCGACCCUACCCGUGCGCGGAGUGCGGCAAGCGCUUCAGCCAAAAGAUACACCUGGGUUCGCACCAGAAGACCCACACAGGCGAGCGGCCCUUCCCCUGCACUGAGUGUGAGAAGCGCUUUCGCAAGAAGACGCACUUGAUCCGGCACCAGCGCAUCCACACCGGCGAGAGGCCCUAUCAGUGCACGCAGUGCGCACGCAGCUUCACGCACAAGCAGCACUUGGUGCGGCACCAAAGGGUGCACGAAGCAGCUAGUCGAGCCCAGCCCUCUCCCGACGCGCCUUCUUCGCCGCAUUCCCCCGCCGAGUCCUCCACCCCGUCCCCUCCUGGACCGAAACCUUUCUCCUGCUCUGACUGUGGCCUGAGCUUCGGCUGGAAAAAGAACCUCGCCUCACACCAGCGUCUGCACCGCAGCGAAGGUCGCUCCUUUGGGUGCGACGAUUGCGCACUGGGAGCCACCGUGGACCCUGCUGCCGCCGAACCCUUAGCCUGCGUGCCCCGUGGGCCAAGUUGUGGGCCAAGUUGCGGCCCUGCGUCGGGCACAGUGACGCCCCAGCGCACCCCCUCGGGCGAAAGGUCUUUCUUCUGCCCUGACUGCGGGCGCGGCUUCGCCCACGGACAGCACCUGGCGCGGCACCGGCGCGUGCACACGGGCGAACGGCCCUUCGCCUGCGCGCAGUGCGGUCGCCGCUUUGGCUCGCGGCCCAAUCUUGUCGCCCACUCCAGGGCCCACAGCGGCGCCAGGCCUUUCGCCUGUGCUCAGUGUGGCCGCCGCUUCAGCCGCAAGUCGCACCUGGGCCGUCACCAGGCGGUGCACACAGGCAGUCGCCCCCACGCCUGCGCCAUCUGCGCCCGCAGCUUCAGCUCCAAAACCAACCUGGUCCGCCACCAAGCGAUCCACACCGGCUCCCGCCCUUUCUCCUGCCCUCAGUGUGGCAAGAGCUUCAGCCGUAAGACCCACCUGGUGCGGCACCAGCGCAUCCACGGCGAAGUGGUGCACCAGGCCUCGGAGACCGACCUCUCCGCCCCAGCCUGGCCGGCUCCUACAGAGGUGGCACCGCCCCCGCUCUUCUUCUGAGCCGAGUUCUCACUAGGAUCCUUCCUUUGCUCACAGAUUCCAGAGAAUUGUGCGCCAGAGGGCCUGGGCUGCUGCCGGAGGCCUGCCCUCCUUUGGCCACCGUCCUAUCUUCAGUGUCUAGGGAGAUGUCCGCAGAGCCUACCCAGCUUUGACGUUCAUGACAAAGAUAGUGCAGAGAGAACCCCUGCGGCUCAUGUGGGAAAGCAGACGUUUCCUAAGCCAGGAAUGGUCAAGAGCCGGCUGGGUGGAGAACCUCUACCCAGAGUGAAAGAAUCUGUGUACUUCAAGUGGUAUUAAAGUUCUAAUCUGCAGUUCUGGGGCUGUUACCUGAGCUGGGGAAGGCAAGCCUGACUCCUCCAUCCCCUCCCCACCUCCAUGCACAGGAAAAGCCUCUUCCCUUUUUGUCACGGAUGGUUGAAUUUAGCCCGCUGCCGUUAAUUGGCUUUUCCAGAUCAAAUGUUAUAUGCUACCCUGGUUCUUGCUUCUAGUUCAGAAAUUUGGCAGAACGAGAUCUUACAGCACAUUCCAUUCCCCACAUGCCAGGAACUGAAGACUAGGGCUGAAGGGAAGGCAGAGAGGGGCCGCUUGCCCUUGGUCAUACUUGGGGCCUCCCAACAGUAGCCUCACCUGUGGCCGGCCUGGGCAGUGAGGAAGUAGUGAAUGAAGGCUGCAUACUCUCCACCAGGUGCUCUCCUGGUGAGGGGCGCUUGCUCAGGAGCCUCCCCAACUGCAUCUGCCCAGCCCAGGCAGCUGUGUGAGCUGGGGCUGGCUGGAGUGGAGGGGAAGGGCAAGGGAAUGGGGCACUGGAUUUAGGAAUGAGUAGUCUUAGGUUUGACUGCUCCUCUGUGUCACAGGGGACUUGGAGCCCUGCGUUUAUUCCUCUGGACCUUGGCUUUUUCAUUAAAAUGAGAAUUGAUAUUGA